AUGUCUUUCAAACGUGUUAUGAAGGGUCAAAAUACGGACCGAUUGCCUGCUCGUGGCUUGUUCCAUCAAAACGUAAAUGCUAUUACUGCCUGCCAGAGUGAGUGUAUCAGGAGACUAGGAAAGACAAUUCAACUGGAACAAGAAGCUUAUUUGAUCAAUCAUCCAGAGGUGAAAGCGAUGCUUGAAGGCUUCGUCUGUAAAAUGGUGCAACAAUCGAAAAAAAAGGACAUAUUAAAGGAAGCUGCUCAAUAUUUUACUAGAACUGUGGAUGAGCUAGAGUGUGAGAUCAAGGAAUUUCUGGGCUUGCCGGUUGACGCUUCAGACAUUAAGUUAAACCAACCAACAAUGUAUUAUGAGGAUUAUGAACUCAAGUCGGACUUGCAGAAUAUUAUAAGGGAGCAUUACCCACCGGAGCCGUGGACAAUACCAUCCCCGAUAUCUACAACACCUGCCACUUUAUCAUCUUCAUUUUUAUCUUGUGUGACUUCGGAAACUACGUUACCAACUCCAGAACCAGAAGCACAACCAGAAUUGACGCUAUCGCAGAUUUUCUACAACACUAUAUUAGGUACAGUCGAUAAAGCAGUGUACCAAAACGUAGACGCGGCUACACUCAAAUUUGACACAGCCUACGUAGAGCUCCAAAAAGUAGUUGAACAAGCUAUGGAGAUUCCGGUCAUUGAAAUAAGAGAGGACAUAGCAGAAUUACUAUAUAACUCUUAUAAGAUGUUCGAACUUAAUAUUAUGGAGAAAGAAAGAAUUGCUGCCGAAAUUGCUUGGGAGAAGAGAAUGAGGAAAAAGCUUAAGAAAACAUUGCGACGUCAAAUGAAUUUCAAAGGUUACGAAACUCCCCCAACGCCAAAGAGUCAAAUUUCUUCCCACGAGAGCUACAAGAAACCAAUGCCGAAAUGUUGCGUUUGUCAUCCGCAGAACAACUACAAUCGGUAUCCUAAGGACCGUUUCGGUAUUUAUCUUCCGAGAGAAACAAGUUUCAGUAAUAAGAACGUGACGGCGACACCUAAUAUUUCUCUGGAAGAUGUGUCUGAAGAUGUUGGCGUGGAUAGCGAAAGGGCGGACACAAAGUCUUUGGUCAGCCGAAAGUCUGCUGUUUCCACUAAAAGCAAUGUCAGCAAACUGAAGGAGAAAGAAUAA